AUGGCUGAGGUCGGCAAGAAGAUCAGCACUACCCCCUACUCCACCGAGCCAGCAGAUGCUGAACGAUCGUCCACCAGCCCGAAAGAUUCAUCAAUGCCCGAUCAAUCCAACCAGGAGCUCACAUCCUUCGUAUCUAAUUUACUCAAAGAGAUGCAAACCCGCUUCCAAAACAUGUCCGACACUAUAGUGGGCCGCAUUGACGACAUGACCUCCCGAGUGGACGAUUUAGAAAGGAGUAUCCAGGAGUUGGCCAAUAAGACCUCCUCCAACGAUCUUUCUGUGGACGACAAGUGA